AUGGGCGAGGACUCUGAGAAGCUUGGAGAAGAGAAUAGAACCAUGCUGCAAGCAGCAGCAGCGCGCAGAAGGCAGGGAGAGGACGGCGAAGUGGAAAGAUCGCACGCCUCAAGGUAUCCGCUCGCGUGGAGUGCCUGCUCUUCGAGUAUCUGAUUAGGAUAUAGGAGAAUUGUAAUGGGCGAGGACUCUGAGAAGCUUGGAGAAGAGAAUAGAACCAUGCUGCAAGCAGCAGCAGCGCGCAGAAGGCAGGGAGAGGACGGCGAAGUGGAAAGAUCGCACGCCUCAAGGUAUCCGCUCGCGUGGAGUGCCUGCUCUUCGAGUAUCUGAUUAGGAUAUAGGAGAAUUGUAAUGGGCGAGGACUCUGAGAAGCUUGGAGAAGAGAAUAGAACCAUGCUGCAAGCAGCAGCAGCGCGCAGAAGGCAGGGAGAGGACGGCGAAGAGGAAAGAUCGCACGCCUGUGGUAUCCGCUCGCGUGGAGUGCCUGCUCUUCGAGCAUCUGAUUAUGAUAUAGGAAAAUUGUAAUGGGCGAGGACUCUGAGAAGCUUGGAGAAGAGAAUAGAACCAUGCUGCAAGCAGCAGCAGCGCGCAGAAGGCAGGGAGAGGACGGCGACGAGGAAAGAUCGCACGCCUGUGGUAUCCGCUCGCGUGGAGUGCCUGCUCUUCGAGCAUCUGAUUAUGAUAUAGGAGAAUUGUAAUGGGCGAGGACUCUGAGAAGCUUGGAGAAGAGAAUAGAACCAUGCUGCAAGCAGCAGCAGCGCGCAGAAGGCAGGGAGAGGACGGCGAAGAGGAAAGAUCGCACGCCUGUGGUAUCCGCUCGCGUGGAGUGCCUGCUCUUCGAGCAUCUGAUUAUGAUAUAGGAAAAUUGUAAUGGGCGAGGACUCUGAGAAGCUUGGAGAAGAGAAUAGAACCAUGCUGCAAGCAGCAGCAGCGCGCAGAAGGCAGGGAGAGGACGGCGAAGUGGAAAGAUCGCACGCCUCAAGGUAUCCGCUCGCGUCGAGUGCCUGCUCUUCGAGCAUCUGAUUAUGAUAUAGUGGAAUUCUGAUGGGCGAGGACUCUGAGAAGCCUGGAGAAGAGAAUAGAAGAAUGAUGGAAGCAGGAGAAGUGCGCAGAAGGCAGGGAGAGGACGGCGAAGUGGAAAGAUCGCACGCCUGUGGUAUCCGCUCGCGUGGAGUGCCUGCUCUUCGAGCAUCUGAUUAUGAUAUAGUGGAAUUCUGA